AUUUGUAAAUUGGUCCCCAAAUCUUCAUAGUUCCCCAAAUCACACCCAAUACUUUCUCCGCUACCGACAUCAAUGGCGACCAUCUCUCCUCUCAAGGCCGUAACCCUAACGCACGUCCCGCUACACCGCAGCGACCGGCCCUCGGCCACUUCCUCGCGGGCGAGGGUGGCGGUCUGCGGUAGCCGUGUGGCGCGCCGGCAGGUGCUGACGAUGUGGUCUAGGGUUUAUUUGGGGUACCAUACUGUUGCUCAGGUUUUUGCUGGGGCAGCCCUUGGUCUUGUUCUUGGUGUGAGUUGGUUCUGGAUUGUGAAUAAUAUGCUCAUAGAUUACUUCCCAGCAAUUGAGGAAAGUACAAUUGGGAGAUUCCUUUACAUCAGGGACUCCUCACAUAUACCUAAUGUUCUCAAAUUCGAGUACGACAAUGCUAGAGCUGCUCGGAAGAAAUCAACCGAUUGAAGCGGCUUCUUGUGUCGUUAACCAAAUAUGCUAGUUUCAAGAAAGGUGAUCGUGAUCAUAUACGUCUUGUGCACAUCCACCUAGUUCUUAUGUGAAUCAAGUUGUACGUGAAAUUGUAUCCAUCAUGGCAAGAGGAAGAUACGGUAGUAGUUGCUUUUUUACUUUGGUCAACUGGAUACAUAUGGCUUAACCCACCCUUGAUUCUUGUAGUACCUAGGUUACUUUGUUAUGUGAAUGUGCAGUGAACCACGAUAUUGUUAUUGUAGAUCUUAUUUCAUGUUUUAUUGCUUCUAUCAAAUUGAAUAGUCCUGUGUAGGACAAAAGUGAUCUCAGAAAGUGUUCAAUGUCAGCAACUAAUUAGUUUUCCUUUUAUCUUUA